GAAUUCACUCAUGGCAGCCCGCUGGCCCUGACCUCGCUCCUGGGCGUCAGCUCGGCCGUGGUGGACAACGUCCCCCUGGUGCAGGCAAGCAUACAGAUGUUCAAAGAGCCCAUGGACGAUCCCCUCUGGCAGCUCGUGGCCUUGGCAGCGGGCACAG